CUUUUGAAGUAUUAAAAUUUUUCGCGGCUCCUGUUUACGUUAAAAUAAUGCUAAACAUUUCGAAAUUAUUUUAUUGACACAGUCAAUUCUCAACUUUUAGUAAAAACAAGUUCACUUUCACUCCGAUUAACACAACUUAAUUAUUCAGUGUGAUGAGUGCGAAAUGUUUUGCAGCAAGUCCAGCCGUGGCUUAGCUAAUGUUUGUCGAUUGAAGGCCUCAAUGAAUUACGAUAUCUGGCCACCGACGGCAUGGUCCUUAUCAGGCUUUGUUACUCACUUUCAAUGAUCCAAUUUGGCAUAAGCGCCGGUUCGUGCGGCGCCAAAUUAUCAGGGAAAAAACUCACGGCCACCUACACAAAAAAAUGCUGCCUCUGAAUAAAACACAAUUUUAUCAUCGUCAAUGUGUACUUUAUGCCUUUUAGAGUUCAUAAACAAGUAGUAGCCUAUACCUAAAGAAUACAGGCAAAUAGUUAACUUCUCUUAUUUCUGCCAUGUUCUUUUUUAAGAAGCUAAAAAAAUCACUCAUGUUGCAGCAAGUAGGGUUUACUUCUACUGUUACGUAACAAUAGACCCUACGUAACAGAAAGUGAACAACAUAGAGCGGUGAAAUGAAAUUAUUGAUUCAUAAUAUACAUCAUUUACAAUGAUGAGAAACAAUAAAACCUUUAGAAUAAAUAAAAUAUUCAAUCAUAUAUAUAUUAGUUGAUAUUUAACACAAAUCUCUUAAUUUUCGAAGCACACUUAGCAAAGCUCCUUCGGGAACCGCUGGCAUAACGAUUAAAACCGGCAUCGUUGUGCAAUCAAAUCGGGUUUACGAUCAGUAUAUAUAGACAUUGUUAUGUAAGCGCGAGGAUUCUACAGUGUUUCCCCGAAAAUAAGAAAAUGCGACCUAGUCCUCCACUUAUUAAAAUAAAACUAACUCGAUAGCGCAAUUUUUUUUUGACCCAGUCGAUAGCAAGAAAUCUUUGUGUAAAAUUGGUGUUCUCUUUGCGGCCCCCAAAAAUCGUUUCGCGGCCCCUUGGAGGGGCGCGGCCUCUAGUUUGGGAAGCCCUGGUCUAGAUAAUGCGGGCACGUGUCUGGGUUGGUGAUUUCGGCUGCCAUGCACUUCAUUUGAUUUAUGUUGAACAUUACUCCUGUUGAUGCCGUCAGUUAAAUUUAUAACUUAAAGACACUAGUCUAUUAGAUUCCGUGAUGAUAUUGCAGUACAAUACGUGCUCAAAGUGCUUGACAAAUUGUAAUAGACUUGUCCUGCGGCCUACUUAAAUGUAUUAACCCAGCUUGGUUCAGUGAAUGGAGAAUGGUGCUCUUACAAGACUGUCCAGAUCCAUAUUAUGAGAGAACAUUUACUUACACAUUUUCUAAUAGAGAUGAUCAAUCUAAAAAAACGUUCACUCUUCAACUUAAUAUUUCUGAGCCACAAAAUAUAGAUGAACUUUCAUCGCGUAUUGCUGGACACCAUAAUAUGCCUUGCUUUGUGGAAGGAAAUCUGAAAGAGGCGUUAAACAAAUUCGUUGAAUCAGAAAAAAUCAAACUUUCACAUGAUGUAUCUAUGAAACGGAUUGAAAGAUUUAACCAAAAUCCUGUUAAUGCUGCAGAAAUUGAAAAAAGUGUGGCUAUGAAAUACGGAAAGACAUGGGCUGGGUUUACGAAGUUUAGAGGUUUCGACGAUAAUGGAGAAUUUUCAACAAUGUAUCAUAAACUUAUUCAUUCUCAAGCUAUGUAUAUUCUUUUGUCACUCGAAGAAAAUUACUAUCAUUGUGUGCAAAAGGUCAUCAGUGAUCAAGAGAAUUCUAUGUUGAAAUUACGUGAAAGACAAGAGUUGGAAAUGCAACGUGCUUGCGAACAUAUUAACAGUUCAUUAUAUACUGAAGCUGAUGUAAAUGAACUGGCCGAUAAACAGAGUGCUGAUACAGAGAGAUUGCUUGGAGAUUGGAGAAAAAAAUAUGCUAAGCAAGUAGAAAAUCAAAGAAAAGAAUACAGGAAUGUUGUAUCAAGACUAUAUGCUGAAAUGAUAGCUAACGAUGGAAAAGUUGAUGAACAUGGCCACACUUAUAACGAAGUGAAGAAAAUACUUGAUCUCUCAUCAAAAAGUAGCGGUAUAAAUAUUUUGUCACCGUAUGUUGCUCAGCAGCAUGAACCUAGAUCUGGCAAGCAGGUUCAAAAAGGAUCCAAAAGUGCUGUAACGAAUGAUAGUCUUGUAGAAAACGUUGUUGAGAUAUCGUCAGAUGGAAAUUUUAAUGCCGCUCGUUUGGAAGAAAGCUUUACUAUCAAUCUGGGCGCCCAAAUGAAGACAAUGCACAAUAUACGUCUUAUUGCAGCCCCAAUACUACAAUACUGUCGUCACAGUAACCAGUCUGGGGAUGUGCAGGCACAAAGACUUCAAACUAUAUUAUCACUUUACUCUAACUCAUUAUCAGGACUCAUUCUACUUUCUGAUAAUUCCAUCGAUUCUGUGAGUGGACUGAAAUCAGAAUUUUCUUCAAUUUGUGAAGAAUCAACUGAAUUUCAUUUUCCUCAGUAUAGGGAGCAGUUGACUGAAAUUAAAUCCAGGUCUGUAGCAGACGGAACAUUUCAAGAUGGAGAUUUUUAUGUCACAAAGCAUUCAAAUUUGUCGAAAGUUCACAUUGUGUUUCAUCUUGCUGCGAACACCUCUUCUUUACGGUCAUCAGAAUCUUCUGCUACCAUGUCAUCUCGGCAUUCUGUUAUACUUGGAUUGAGACAUAUUUUGAAGGUAAUGUCAAGUCAUGAUGUUGGAACACUAAGUGUUCCUAUAUUACUCUGUCAUGAAUUAUCUGAUAAAAAUGAUGAAGCGUGGAUUGUUAAACGUGCAGAACUUGUAAUGAAAUGUUUAAAAGGUUUCAUGAUGGAAAUGGCGGCUUGGGACGGUGGAAUAUCAAGAACAAUGCAAUUUGUGGUUCCCCCUGAUAUUAGUGACCGAACGUUCUAUCGCUUGUCAGCGAUGCUUCCAGAGAUAUUCCGCACAACUUCUGCAAGAAAUUUAACAUCCUCGAAGGUAUCUUCUUCUGCAUCUCAAAACAAGCAUUAACAUUCAAGUGAUCAUUCGAUUGUGCAAUACUUCAAUCUUUUGAAUUACUGUAUUUUUCAAAUAUUAUAUUCUUGAUUCAAGACUG